GUUUCGCCCGGUUGUCAUUCCCGAAGGAAAAAAAAGAGGGUGUGAACGUAAUUUACCUGGCCACCGUCACCUGGUGCUGUUCAUAUACAUGUCGGUCGUCGAAUUUCAUCUUUACGGAGACGCUAAACGCUGGCUUCGUUCAGGAGUAAGACGGAGAAGGCUUUUCAGGAUGCCAAGAAGAUCCUGACCCGCAGCAGCACCAGGAUGAGCGUGACGUCAUGGUUUCUGGUCAGCAGCUCUGGCACACGCCACCGGUUGCCACGGGAGAUGAUCUUUGUGGGCCGGGAUGAUUGCGAGCUAAUGCUGCAGUCUCGGAGUGUCGACAAACAGCACGCUGUGAUCAACUAUGACCCAAACACAGAUGAGCACAUGGUGAAGGACCUGGGCAGCUUGAACGGGACAUUUGUGAAUGACCUCAGAAUUCCGGACCAGACCUACAUCACUCUCAAGCUUUCAGAUGUCAUUCGCUUUGGCUAUGAUGCUCAUGUAUAUAUCCUGGAGAAGAGUCAACACAAAGUCCCAGAGGAAGCUCUCAAACAUGAGAAGUACACCAGUCAGUUGCAGAUUGGCCUAAAAGCCCUUGAGGCCCGUGUGAAGGACAAGCAGCAGGUCCACAGCACAGAGAAAAACAAAGAGGUCAAUGUCAAGCUACCUCAGAAGAGCGAGCGCCGAGCCCUCUCACUCACAGCUGCGACAGAUACACCAAUAUCCAAGCCAACUCCUCUUUAUGGCCAGCCGUCCUGGUGGGGGGAGGAUGAAGAUCCUGCCACUAAAAUUCAGAACAGAAGUGGAAAAUCCUCUGAACUUCAUUCGGCAGAAUCAGGUAAAGAUGUGUCCAGAUGCGAGCUCAGCGGUUCUCUGUCUGAAAGUCAAGGCAAGUCCAUCUUCUCUUACCGCCGUGAGCCCAGCUACUUUGAGAUCCCCACGAAAGAGCUCCAGCAAUGCCCUCCCAAGAAACAAGAGUUGGAAGUUCAGGAGGUUCCAACAAAGGACACUCACGAUUCCUCUCAGCAUUUCCCAUCCACCCCCACACCCCCUGUGGUUCAAAGUCAUGCCUCCUUCACGAUCGAAUUUGAUGACUGCACCCCAGGCAAAAUGAAGAUCAAGGACCAUGUGACCAAGUUUUCAUUCCGACAGCAGCGUAAGCCACCUCCCACAGAGGCUGUGACCACGCCCACUGAGGUUGUAUCAGCAGAAAGUAAGGUCGCUGACUGGCUCGUUCAAAGUACUGCUAACAUGAUGCUGACGAAGUCACCCAGUGAAAGCAUCUUAAACUCUAACAGUGACCAGUUACUUCCAAAGAGUACCAAGGUGAACCAUGACAAUGGCACCGACAGCGGUUCAGAGGAUGCUAUAAUCAAGUGUUUUCCCCAAUCAUCCCAGAGAGAAUCCCCUCCACAACGCUUCACUGACUCGGAGCACCCGCCGUUCUACUCUCCUCCAGACUCUCAGUCUGGAACUAACAAGGUUGAUCCUCACCACGCCUUUGUCAUAGAGUUUUUUGAUGAAAACUUUGAUAACACCAGACGGAAGCGUUCCCAGACCAACCCACACGAGCCUCCAAAUUUCAGGGCCCAGCUUGACAAGACCUGGAAAAGCUCAAGCCCCACUAGUGAGAGACAAGUCCAGCAUCACGCAUCUAGCACUCCACCGACACAGCGGUACACUAUUCCCCUCAAAGCUCCUUCUUCCACAGCCUCCCAGAGAGCUGGCUCUCUGCGAAGGGAAAAGACAGAAGAACGAAUUAGCACCAGCUUCUCAUCAAGGUCAUCAUCUUCGGUUUCUGUAAGGCCUUUCAGUAGUGUCGGCCGGAGAUCCAAACUUGCAAAGGAGUUUACUACUGAAUGGCUUAAAGAGACAAAACAGAUGUCUUCUUCUAAUGGGGAGAAAAAGCCAUCUAGUCCUCCCACAAAACCUGAACCUGAGACAAUGGUAGUCUCACAGACUGAGGCACUCACAAGCCCUUCUGGACUUAAUUCUUCCCUUCUGCCAAAGACAUCCUCUCCCAUCCACCAGCAUGUUCCCCUCAAGGUACCCAAAAUACCUCUGGUCUCUCAGAGUGGCGAGGUUAAGGUCACCCAAGGUGGCCCCAGAAAUGAAGAGGAGGAAACUUUAAGUGAUGCCGGAACUUACACCAUUGAAGGGGAUGUCCAAGAUAAGGAGAUUGAAGAGGCGCGGAGCAAGAUUGAUCAGGUUUUUGGCGUUGUUGAGAAUCCUGAAAGAACCAACCAGAGUGAAGCACACACAGCAACAUUUAGGCCUGUUAAUAGUGAGGGCAGGGAGCAGCAUAGGGAGAGUAGCAGUGGGGAGGUGAGCCCAGCUCCACAUCAAGGAGCAAGUGGGGUGAAGGUCCAGCCAUCAGGUGCAGUGUUGCAAGGAGCUCCAAAAUGGAUGUCUUGCUGGGCUAGUUUGGCAGACAGCUAUGUGGAGUCUGGCCCUUCCUCUGUCCUGCUUGAUAUGUCGUCCCAGAUGGAUCUGUCGGGAGGGGCACGGGACACAAUCAUCUACAAGACCACACUCAACCAAAAUCAUGACAGCAUCGACUCUGAAUGCCCAAAAGCCCAAUGCGUCCUUGAAGGGAAGAGUGACGUUUCAGCUCCCAGCAUUCAUAUUCACUAUGACACGCACUCAACAUUUGAUGUGGAGGAAAGUAGCUUGGUGGACUUAAGCCCUUAUGAUGGCAUUCAUAGGUUGUCUGUGCAGGAUGAUGUGGAGCCUGAUAGUUUGAGUGAUGCCAGCAAGUCUGAUGAUGGCUCCAUCAUAGAGCAGACGAGAAGGCCACUGUCGAACACAGAGGAUAAGAAAAAUAAAGAGGAGCUCACGCUGGCAGGAAAGUCUAAAUCAUUCUACAUAGGAUCAGAAGAAGAGUCCCCCCAAACGGAAUAUGGAGGCUCAAAACUUCUAAAAAACAUUCAAGAAAAUACAGGAAAAAAACUUUCCACCAAAACCUUCUCAACGGCUACCUUGACCAAACGUCGAGGUAGCCACCAAUCUGGUAAAGUAAGACCCAGCAUGUCUGCUCCUAUUCUGGGCCAAGCCAAACAGAACCCUGAGUCCAAAGAAAGCUCUGUAUCCUCCUUAGUUAGGCAAGAGAGCUUCACCAAGGACCAUCCCAGCAGUGCCAGACUGCCCAACAUCUCUUCUCAAAGAGACCUAGAACAUGAUUCAUUUCAGCCAACAUACAACCAGGACACUCAUUCUUACCUCAGAGAGACUGAAAAUGUUCUGGCGGUGCUAGAAGCCAAGCUCCAAGCGGGCCAAUCAGAAUCCAACCCGUCUCCCAUUCCAGAUUCCCUCUCAGGGGAAUCGGAUGUGGAUUCCUCCAGCACACUCAGCCAGCAGAGCAGUAAGGUCAGGUCACAACCGAAAACUCUCCUGAGUGGUCUCCACAGGGAGACGUCCUCAACCAGCAUAUCUAGUCGCUACUCAAACCACCAGUCUUCUGUUUUGGACAAGCGACAAGAAAAGAGUGAGCCCCCUAGGAGACCAGUUGGACUUAGACGAAGUGUUGGCAAAUGUGGCUCCAUGGACCUGAGCGAUGACCCCCAGAGUUCCAAUAUUCUGUGCUCCGACCAGGAGUCAAAUUCCAUACAGCCCACCAAAAAAUAUACUGUCCCACUUCAAAGAGAAGACGGUAAGACUAAUAGGGUGACCCAGGCUUUAAGUCGUGUCAAUAGCUUGUCAGCACCAAGACCCACUCGGGCAUCCAUGCUCCGACGAGCACGACUUGGCGAUGCCUCCGACAACGAGACCACUGAAAUGGACAGGCCUUCUCAUGAGAUGGCUAAGCAGCCACAGGAAACUAAAAAACUAUCUCGGUGGGAUAUGCUGGCAAUGCCUCGACGGCGGACUAGCUCCUUUCACACACCCAGUGACACAGAGAGCUCCUCCGCCACACAGUGGACGGGAAGGAGCACAGCGUUCCCAAACCGCAACACAGAGUCUGGGAGCAGCUCUGUUUACAAGACGUCAGCUCUGGGGCCAAAAUCAGGCGAAAGGCCUCAGAAACCCCCUCUUACCAAGACACCCAUCACCCGUAUACGCUCCAGUAGUGCCAAAUACGCCAGCAGCACAGCAAGCUCUCGGAGACGGCAGAAAGGUUCUGGCUAUACCUCCACCUCAGACGAGGAGUACGACUGCAGUCAAAGCAUUCCUAAACACAAACGCUCCCAACCUUCCUCAGCCUCACACAGCCCACACCGUCCACCUCGACCCCACCCAGUGGUUCCGGUCCACCCGAAACCCAGCAGCAAAGAUUCUGAGGAGGAGAACCAGGAGGCAGAGGCCUUCCACAACUGGUCCACACACAGUGCUGAGAUUGCACGCUUGAGUCAAGACUUGGCCAAAGAUCUCGCCAUCUUGGCAAGAGAGAUUCACGAUGUCGCAGGUGAAGGCGACCAACAGAGCUCAAGCGUGGAGAGAAGCAUGCCUGUGUCUGCAAUGACUGCUCACGAAAAACUGAUUCACCAUAUACCAGAAACGGGAUUAAACUAUGAAAGAGCCCCACCUAGUUCUUCAUCAGCGGCAGAACCGUGUCUAAACUUGCGUGAUCGUGAGCCAAACUUCAUGGAGCAACCUCACAACACAGAGGAGAUCAUUGUGGAUGACCCCAUGCUCAAUCCAGUGUCUCAGGUCAUCAUGGCCAUCAGAGAGAAUACGGAGCAACUGUCUGAGAAGAUCAAAGUACUGUUUCAGGACAGGAUGGAUGUCUGGGAACAAAUUGAGGCUGAAGUGAAUUCUGAUGGUGAUGGCCCUGUCAUCAAAGCGUCAAAUAAGGACAUCACUUCUAUUUUGAAAGAACUCAGGAGAGUCCAAAGACAACUUGAGGUCAUAAAUACAGUCAUGGAGCCCAGUUGCCAGCCGGAUUCUCGCUCUGAGGUCCCGUCCUCAUUAGGUGAUCGCUCUUCCAGACCUGCAGCCUCACGAGACUGGAGAACAGUCCACUCCGUGUCGAAGCGAGGCGGCGGUCGGAGACCAGGUGAGAGCGUGCGUAGGGCCGCUGUAACACCAGACGACAUCAGAGAGGGAUGCUUGGUUUGAUAUCAGCCUCCUCCAGGCCUGAACCACAAACACAGGUGUCAGACCUUUUUGCAGGAAGUGAAAUUGAGCGGAGAGGGGGGAAAGUGGAAGGUGAAACAGACUUGGAACUUCCCACACAACCAGUCAAAAACACACUACUGAACUUUGAGCACUACGGUGAUGUAACAACAUCCAGUCUAAGACUGUUUCUCACUGAAUCGUUCCUACAACACUACUUUUGUGUGUGUGCAGGCGUGUGACAUUUUCCAAUCAUUGACCAACUGCUGAUUUUUAAGCUAAACCUAAAUGAAGAUGCAUUCGUAACAUUAAAAAAAGCAACCUGAGAAGAAUCUACUCAGGGAUUCCAACUUAAACUUUAAUUGUGCUUGCGCUCACUGGUAAAUCACAUUCUUGAAUAUAUUAGUUUUGCAGGAAUGCCGCUAUCGACGUGUUGUGUGUUCUUGAUCGAUGUUCACCAGAUUUCUCAAUGAAUGUCAACUAUUUAUAAGGGCUCUUUUGUGGGACACGCAUUUAUUAUAUGCAAGAUGGCAUGAUGGGGAGGCAUUCUUCGGACUCUACAAUCUGUGAAUUAUGAUUUUUUUUUAAUCUGUCAGUUUUAUAUAUCUGACUUAAAGUUAACCAAAUAAACAGGUAAUGUAAAACUUAAUUUUAAGGAACCAAUUUUAGUUAGUUUUGUAGUGUGAUACCGCGGUUAAGAUGUUGUGAUUCAUUAGCAUUCUUUGACCACAUCAUCUCUUACUAAAGCGUCCCCUCAAUCACAAGGCCACUUCUGGCAAGUCCUCACUCUGCGUCCUGAUAUUUAAUUUUGUCAUUAGGAGAUAUUGUAAGUGCUUGAUCGUUUGUGAUCACCAAUUACCUCUAAAUGUCUUCAGGCUUUUUGCACUAAAGUAGCACAACCUUAUCUCCUCGUCUCUACAUGCUGCAAUUUCAAAGCCUUUUUCUCCUGCAGGAUGAAUAUAACGUACCAUGGUGCACCAGCACGCUAUAUUGUUCCUCUUCCCCAGUCCAGGUUGUCCAUGAUUGUCAGGUUUAUGCAAGUGCCACAGGAGCUGUGAGGACGCGUCUUGCAGCCAAGUGCAAGCUGUUUACAAGUGAAUGUGUGACGUGUUGCUGCUAAUCAUCUUUGAUGGGAUACUGGGGUUUAAUCCCAACGAAGACCUUACAAAGCUACAAUGUAAAUAUAAUGUCAGUUUGUGUCUUAUCUUUUUUUUUUUUUUUUUUUUUUUUUUAGAAAUUUGUGUGUGUUUGGAGAGAAUCACUUCUAGUUGUCUUCUUUGUGUUUUAUGUUUGGUCCUUGUGUCAAAGAACUAUAUGGGUAUUUUCCAAAUAAAUGAAACUAGCACAAAUGU